AUGACUAAAUCAUUUAAUAAGGGUAAGUAUUUUCAAUCAGAAAGGCAUCAAAUGCCAACACUAGCUGAUAUCUAUCCGGAUUAUACACCAUCAACGAAUGAAUCAACUCAAUAUCAAUAUCUAAAUUCAUCUUACAAACCAAAAUUCACAAACAAGUCAUUUUUCACAUCGAAUUCAACAUAUAACACUAACCAACCAUAUGUGGCAAUGCCAACUCGAUCAAGUACUUCGAGUUCAUAUAAUCCAAUAAAUCAAUAUCAACAAGAGUCAAAACCAGCCAAACCAGAUGCAUAUAAACCAUAUGUUCCGACUGCUAAAGCCGAGCAAGCCAUUGAAAAACCAUCUGAUACGUUUGGUAAGAAACGCAAAGCAGCAAUUAAAGUAUAUGAAGCUCCAGCAGAUGUUAUUCCUUCUAAACCUGUAUCUACAACAAACUAUUCUCAAAAGAAUACUACAAACUCGUAUAAAAACCAAAAUGAACAAAUCUCAGUUCCUAAAGAAUCCAGACCGUCAAGCACAGUAGAUUAUAAAGUUCCUGAAAAUAAAACAAAUAUUAGAACUACUAGUACAUCAUCAAAGAUUACUUCACAACAAAAUUACGAUCAAAUUCCAACAAGGAGUUCAUCCUCAAGCCGAAAGAGAGCAACUGUUACAUUUGAUCCAACACCUACUCCUAUUACUGCUAAGAAAUCUGAUAGUAUUUCACAGUCGCCUAAUUUAUCAAUUAAUACAAAUGAAGUUUCACCAAAUCCGGUUCAGAAGAAGCGUAAGGGCAUUAUAAUUUCUGAUCAAGUUGAAGCAAUAUCACCAUCAAGACCACAAAAGCAAAUCACAAUACCAAAUAAUUCUCCGAAGUCACCAACAAAGACAUCUCAUAGGUAUUCAUAUGGAUCAAGUUCAUCAUCAGAUUCUCUAAAGGAAGAAUCGCCUUUAUCAAGUCCAAAGAGACCUCCUUCUCCAAGAAGAGCAGAAAAACAACAAACAUUUUCUCCAACAUCUCCAAUCAACGCUGAUGCAUCAAGUGAAGGAGUGAAUGAUACAGAUGAGAACAUUUAUAAGAUGAAUAUUGAUUCAUUCUCUGAUUCUAAUGAUGCAUUCAAACCAGGCAAACAAACUCCAACGAAAUCAAUUAUUCAAAAAUUACUUGAAGAAGAAGAAACCUACGAAGAAGAGGAAGAAGAUGUUAAAAUUGAUGUUCUUAAAACAUCUCUUAACAAAGAAACACUUCAUCAAAGUGAUAACGAUGAUGGUCUCGAUGAAGAAGAAGAGGAAGAAGAAGAACUUAAGUUUGAGGAGAAGAUUGAAAUUAAAUCACCACAGAAUGACAAAGUUCCUGAAGAUAUUACGAAAAGUAAAGAGGAAAUUGUAGUUCCAGAAGAAAAGCCAAGAGUUCAAAAACCAAUUUCCGAUUUUGUUAAGAGAUUUUCACUUCGUGGAACAACGGCAACAGAAAAGAGAGAUAAUGAGAACAAGAUGAAGCAAGCCAAGCAAAAUAACAGCCAAGAAGGAGACGAUGAAAAUGAUGAAGAGAAGGUAGAAAUCAGUGCAAUUUCACCUGUCAAACCUUCUAAAGGAGUUGUCGUAUCGACACCACUCAAAAUUAGUCCAGAAAAAGAGCAAAUGUCACCAAAUCUUAGCGUUGAAGAAGAUUCGAAGGAGGAAAUUUCACCACCACGUUCAUUCCAAAGAACGCAGAGACAUAAAUAUGCUCUUGAAAAUGAUGAAGAAGAGUCAUCAUCGUUGUUAGAUAUCAAAGCAUCUAUUCCAAGUAAUAGCAAUGAUAAAACAACUGAAGAAGAAGAAGAAAACAAUGAAAAGCUUGUCAACUCUCCAAAAAUUGAAGAGAAGGAAUUAUUAGUUAAACAAGAAGAGGAAGAAGAAAUUGCUGAGAAUACUCAAAUAAGCAAUUUAGGAUCAUCACUUCACGAAGAAGAUCCUUUGAAGUCAAUUGAUAUUUCUAUUGAUAAUGAUAAAUCAUUUACACCAAAUAUAUCAAAGAAUGAAGAUAUCACAAACUCUUUAGAAAACAUAUCAAAAGAAGAUGCUAAUGCAUCAAAAGAUGAAGAUCAUGUUACAAUAUCAACAGAAGAUAUUUCAAAGGAAAGCAUAACUCUUUCCAAAGACACAUUCCCUGAUGAAGAAAAUGAAUCAAAUGAAGAAGACCACAUAUUGCUAUCUACUGAAGAUAUUUCCAAAGGAAAUGACUCCAAAGAAUUUGAAAUGUCAUUAACAAAAGAUGAAGACGAAAACAAUGAAUCUAAAGAUGACUCUCUUCUCAAAGUUACUGAAUUAAAGUUAUCUGAUAUUAGUCCAAAAUCAGGAAGUUCUCAGAAUUAUUCUGCAAAUAAAACAGAAAUGAGUGUUCCUAAAGAGAGUACUGAAGAAACAAUAUCAAAAGAAAAUAUCAGUAAUUCAAAUGAUGAAUUAAUGAAAUCACCUAAUAUAUCAGUAAAUGAUGAUGAAGAGGAAGAUAUGUCAAUCUUUGCUACUAAUAAAGGUUUAGAUAAACCUUUUGAAGCAAAAGAAGAGUUUGAAGAAGAGGAUAAAAGUGAAAUUGUUUUAUCAAAGUCACCAAAUAUCUCACAAGAAAAGAUUGACAAGAAUGAAGAAGAAGAGGAGGAAGAACAAUAUCAUAGCUUCCAUCCUCUUGAUACAAUGAAACCAUGGCAGUUCCCUAAGAAAAUAAACUUCGAAGAAGAGGAAGAUGAUGAUCUAGACUUUGAUGAUGGUGAUUUUGAUCCAAACCUUAGUGAUGAAAUAAAGAAGAUUAUGGAAAGAUAUGGUGAGAAAAUAGACGAUGAAGAAGAGGACAAUGAGCCUCUGGAUCUAGGAUUUGACAUGGAUUCCGAAGAUAUGAUGGAUUAUAAAAUGAAAGCAUUACAAGAAGGUAAAAUUGAUGAAAUUGUCAAGAACGUGGCUCAACCAGAUGCAGUAAGUUUUAUCACACUUUUCACGAAAAUAGCCGACCAGAUAUUAUCAGAUCAGCUGGCUAAGAUUCACCAAAUGAGAAAAUGA